AUAACAAAAAUAUAAUAAUAAUAAUAUAUAAAAGAAUAAAGCCACUAGUUAAACUAUAUUUAGUAUAGGAGGGUGUAUGUGCAAUCUCAAAACCAUAACCUUAAAAUAAUGAACUGCAGUUUUUAAUCCGUGUGAAUAUUAUUAAUACAAUGGAGCCUAAGGAAAAUUGGGAUGAGGAUAAUGAAAUACUUGUUGAAAAUGAAAAGAAAAGCGAAGAAAUUAUUCCAGGAUUCGCUUCGUUCGAUGAUUAUCUUAAGGAAGCAUUUAGUGUUAUAAAAGAUGGGAUCAAAGCAUCUAAUAAUUUUCCCAUCGAAGAGAAUUAUAAUUAUUAUGAAUGUUUUCCAAGUUUCAAUAAAGUAAAAAAUGACGAUUCGGAAAGACUAUUAAAGAUGAUGCAAAAAAUAAUUAAUUUAUCAGGGGUAGGUGGCAACAUAGGAAGACGCGAUAUCGAAGAACAAUUUGAUCUUUUAUUGGAAACGAAUGAUGUGUAUUUAGAUAAAGCAGGUUUAUGUAUGGAUGAAGAAAGUGGUAUUGUAAAAAAUCCUGAAAUAGAAUUAGUUGUAUCGCAAACUAGGAAGGAUAUUACAGCCGGUAGUUGGAAUAUAUCAUCUACGAUUAAGAAACAAUCAUCGGAUGCAUCUACCAAAGCACAAGCUGUGCGUUUAUUGACUGCACGAAAUAUACAAAGACCACAAUUAACUUUCAAAGACAAAAUUGAUAAUAGUCUAAAACCUUGGGAACCUAAAAUCAAAUAUAAACCAAAUUCUUUAAAGCCUUUAGCUAUUUAUUUAGAAGAGACCGAAGAUGGAGAGGUAUUUUGUCAUCCUUAUGAUUUUGAAUUAAAUAAAUUUCAAGCUCCAGAAAAUCAAUUACAAAAAAGAGAACCUGUUAAGUAUAAAGAAUUGCAUGAAACCCCGUUGAUUAUGGUAAACAAGCCGGAAGACAUCAAAAUGUUAUUAGAUGAUUUAAAGAAAUAUAAAGAGAUUGCUGUUGAUUUGGAACAUCAUUCUUACAGAAGUUUCCAAGGUAUAACUUGUUUGAUGCAAAUAUCAACUGUAGAUACAGAUUAUAUAAUUGAUACAUUGGUAUUAAGAUCAGAAUUACAUGAACUCAAUGAGAUUUUUACCAAACCUACUAUUCUAAAAGUGUUUCACGGAGCGGACUUUGAUAUUCAGUGGCUUCAAAGGGAUUUGUCCAUAUAUGUAGUAAACAUGUUUGAUACUCAUCAAGCUGCUAAACAACUUAAUUUACCAUAUUUAAGUUUAGCUUAUCUUUUAAAAAAAUUUUGUAAUGUAGAUCCAAACAAACACUUUCAACUUGCUGAUUGGCGUAUAAGACCUUUACCUGAUGAACUUUUAAAAUAUGCAAGAGAAGAUACGCACUAUUUAUUGCAUAUAAAAGAUGUUUUGAGAAAUGCAUUAAUUGAUUCUUCAAAUGGGAAGACUAACAUUUUAAAGGCUGUAUAUGAUAGAAGUACAGAGUUAUGUAAGAUAACUUACAUAAAACCGAUAUGGACAGAAGAAAGUUAUAUGGAUAUGUAUAGAAAAAGUCAAAAAAUAUUUAACAAUAAGCAAAUUUAUGCUUUAAAGGAAUUACAUAAGUGGAGAGACAUGACAGCUAGAGAGGAAGAUGAUAGCACUGGUUACGUUUUACCAAAUCAUAUGCUUCUAAAUAUAGCUGAGACAUUACCACGUGAGAUGCAGGGUAUCUUGGCUUGUUGCAAUCCAAUCCCACCUUUGCUUCGGCAAAACCUAUUAAAACUUCAUAAAAUUAUACUCAAAGCACGAGAUCAACCUCUCAUAAAACCAGUGGAAGAAACAGAUGUUAGACCACGAUUUGCUCAAAGAAAUCAUGCGGUAAACUCAGAUGCUUGGACAUACUCUCCUCAUGACAUACCAAGCGAUGCAGAAGCUAGAGCCGAUUUACCUUGUCUCUUAGAUCAAUGCAAAAUAACAGAAAAAUCAUAUAGCAAUAUUAAUUUAAAACAUACCAUUACAGUAUUCGAUAGUUCAGAAUCAUCUGAGGAUGAACAAUCGACUUCUGAUAAGACUAAUCAAAAUAGAAACAAAAAAUUCAUAUUCAUUAGUCCCUAUGAAAGAUACAAACGUGUAAUACCUGUAGUAGCUGAACAAGAAGAAAAAGAUAGACAAAAACAAGAAAAAGAAGAGGAAGAAAGAUUAAAUGAAAUGAGGAACAAAGAUGAACCUUCGAUAUCUGUUCCUGAUGAAAUAACUUUAUCAGAUCAAAGUCCAAAACUUAAAAAAAAGAAAAUGUGUAUUCCUUUAAAAGAAAUGCCUAAUAGAAAAAGAAAGAAAAAUCUGUCUAUAAAAGAUACAUCCGAAGAAUGGUCUAAUAGUAAUAUGUUUACGCCAAUUCCUUCCUUGAAUAAAAAGAUAAAGCAGGAUGUAAGGAGAGAAUUUAAUACGACCAAAGACACAAAGAAUGAAGAAAAUAAACAAAUAAUUGUACAAACUGUUCCUUCUAAUGAUAUUAUCAAACCUCUGAGAGAACGUAAGAAAGGAGAUAAAAAGAUGAAUGAAAAGGAAUUAAUACAGAAAGGAAUGCUUCCUGUAGAAACGUUUGAUUAUAAAUCUGUUGAUUUUAAUAACGUUUUCCAAGGUGGUAGUACCACAAAUGACACACGUCGGACGAACUUUGUGCAGCCUAAACAACGUAAGAAGAGAUUAAUGAUAGCUUGUGAAAAUAUAGGAAGCAAAAGGUUAUCUAUUUCAAUAAUGUUCAAUAUCAUGAUGUUAUUGUAUAUAAUAUUAACGAUUACGUUAAAUAAUGUUUUAUUUGUGAAUUGCAACUUUUUGUACAACAAAAUUAAUUCGUCAAAUGAAAGAUUGUUCAAUUAUACUUAUACAUUGGUAAACAAAACUCAUGCUGAUUUAAUAGAUUUUGCUUCUAGUAACGAACAAGUAGAUUGUCUUGGUUUAGGAAUAAUUUUUGCGAACACCUUAUCAUGGUUUUUUGCUGAUAAAGCUAAUGGAACAAAUGCAUUAGAUGUUAGAUUUCUUUUAUCAUCGAGAAAUCAACCAAACAGAGUACAAGUAUAUAUUGGCACACAGUUUGGUCUAGAAUGGACAGAUUUUAAAAUUGAACGUAGAACUAUUGUAAUAGUACAUGGAUUUUUAUCUCACAGUGAUGAAGAAUGGAUUGCCGAAAUGGAGAAAGCAUUUCUCCAAUGGAACGACGUUAAUGUAGUAAUUGUUGAUUGGAGCGCCGGAGGUAAUACGUGGAAUUAUUAUAAAGCUGCCGUCAAUACUAAAAUAGUUGGAUAUCAAAUUUCAAAAUUUUUAGAACAUAUUAUAAAUGCAACAACAGUUGCAUCGAAUUGGGGUACUAUACAUUUAGUUGGUCAUAGUCUUGGAGCACACAUUUGUGGCUUUGCUGCAAAAGAAUUUAAGAAGAGACAAAGUAAUUGGAUCAUACAUAGAAUUACUGGUCUAGAUCCAGCGCAGCCAUGUUUCAAAAAUACAUGUUCUUCUAUUCAUUUAGAUAAAAUGGAUGCACCAUUUGUCGACAUAAUACAUACUAAUGGAAAAUUACUCUCCAAUCUAGGUUUAGGUUUACCAGAGCCUAUUGGUCAUGUAGAUUUCUAUCCUAAUGGUGGAAAAAGUCAGCCAGGUUGUAUUGAAUCAAACAAAACAUAUUUUGGCUAUUUACCUAUUCCACAUAUAUAUAUUCAGCAAGCAAUAUGCAAUCAUGGUCGCUCUUAUAUAUAUCUCAUCGAAUCUUUGCUAUUAACUUCUACGAACGAUUGUAGUUUCAGGGCACAUUAUUGGGACUUGACAUAUAAAAAUAUAGAAAAAAUAAUAUCUGAACCAUGUAACGAGGAUAUUUGCAUUGAAAUGGGUAUUAAAGCAGAGAAUUAUCCUCAUCGUGGGACAUUUUUUCUAUUUACUAAUAAAAGUUCACCAUAUUGCGUAAAUGAAACAGAAUUACCAGAAGAAGUGAAGAAACAAUUGAAGAUCGACUACAAUGAUGAGCUUCACGAUUAAGAGAAAGGGAAAUACAUUAUUUUAUUAUAUAUACCAGCGCUGUCCAACAGGGCUAGACGGCGCUGAUACAUACAGAUAUUAUUUACAUAAAUAAAUGCAUUUUGUUUAUCUUAAAAA